AUGGAGGCUCUGGCCAAACAGAAGCUUGUAGAGUUGGAGUCGAGGAACCUCAGCGACUACAACCUGACGCAAGAGGACUUCGGCCUGAGCAACAGCACUCUGACUCUCCUGGACACGGUGCUCACGGAGAUGGACAGCCUGCUUUCGCAGAUCAACGCCUCGCACCUCGCGGACGAGCAGCUGCUCCUGGACCUCGCCCAGGGCUUCGUGCAGUGCAACACCGACCUGGCGGCUCGGCAGGUGGAGAGCAACAACCUGAGCAGCCUGGUGAACGAUGCCAGCGACUCCCACGACAACUGCCGCAGCACCGAGCAAAACUUGUCGGCGCAGAACGCCAGCGCCUGGGAAGCCUACCUCUCCAAAGCCAACGAAUCACAGCCGCAGGAGGUGUUGGAUUGUCUGCAGAACUUCCACAACGCAUAUAGCCCGCAGACGAUCGACCUAGUCGCGCACCUGCAGGCGAUGAUUGAUUGCGCGACCACCUUGCAGUCGUGGUCCACAGCCUUCGUGGCUAACGUGACAGGCCUUCGGGACGCCUACUUUGGCAGCCUGCACGCCGUGAACAACCACAGCGAAAACUGCCGGGUGAACCAGUCCACUUUGGAAAGCCACUUCUGCGAGUACCGGCAGCAGCUCACUGACAGCUGCUUCGCCAUGGAUGACUGCUACCAGAAUGUCAACGAGACCUUUCAUGAGCUCCUCGUCACAAUUGCCGCCUCCGACUCGCGCCGUGAGGCCUCCUUCAUCGCGGCCACGAAGGUGGUUUGCUACAUCCAAGUCCUGAAGGCGAACCUUACGCAGCCCGCUGUGCAGGCUUGCCAGGACCUUGUCGUUGACACCGCCGGCCUCGACGUGCGUAUUCCCGUGCCCGCAACAAAGCACGCCUGCGACACGUCGCCCGUUGCCGACUACCCCUGCAGCAUGGCUUGGCAGCAGGAGGAGUACUACGACAAAAACUGGUACAGCGGCACGCCGCAAAUCGAGCCCGACACCUGCAUAUCAUGCGCUGUUUGGAAUGCACCGCCGACGACGACCGCCCCAAAUGCUUGGGAACUGCUGCUGGAUGGUAGCGGCCCACCCCCCCGUGCAUACGCGGCAAUGUGCGCAGGCAGUGGUGGAAAGGUCUAUUUGUUUGGCGGCUCCAAUGGCACCGCAUCCGAGCCCGGGAGGUUGAACGACACUUGGGUGCUGGAUCUGUCCAGCACCCCCAGCUGGACGAAGGUGAAUGUGGCGCCAGGCUCGGCACCAGACGAACGGAACGGGGUCACCAUGGUCUGCACUGGGGAUAGUCUGCUGGUCUUCGGAGGAAAAACCCCGGAUAACGUGCAACAGAAUGAUCUCUGGAAGCUCACGUUGGCAAACAGCACCUGGGAAAAGUUGAUGCCCAGCGGCACUCUGCCCCCCACGAGGUUUUUACACACGGCUGUCUGGAACCCUGAUGGCCAGACCAUGCUUGUGUACGCAGGACACUGGGAUUUAGACGACCUGUGGAGCUACAACUUGACGAGUAACUCGUGGACCCAGCUCCUCUCUGACCCGCUGGGCUCGAGAUAUGAUCAUGUGGCCGUCUGGAACCCAGUUGACAAGAUCAUGCUCGUCUCCGGGGGCAGCCGCAGAACGCCGGCGGGGAAUGUGGAUUGGUUUCGGAGCAACGACCUUAUGUCCUAUGACCCGGCAACAAACACUUGGAAAGAGCUGAUCCCGCACGGAACUUUGACCGCACCCCAAGGCCGUCAUAGAGCCUGUGCCGUCUGGAACACGGCCGCGCAGGCAAUGGUACUCUUCGGAGGCAGCAACGGAUCCAACCUCAACGACACCUGGGAGUACAAGGCGGGCUCGAACUGGACGGAGCUCGUCCCCACGGCCAGUCCGUCGACCCGUCGAGCGCAGCAAUGCGCUUGGGCUUCUACUCAGGCCACGGGGGGUGUUAAACUCUCGAGUACCAUAGUAAGAUUCUUGCAGAUCGAUUCCAGUAAGGUCAUGGUCGUCUUCAGCGGGUAUGGUUCCGAUUACUUGGCUGACACCUGGCAGUACGCACCCUAA